AUAUAUUUUCCGCAACAAACUUUUGAACUCUGUAACGUUCAAUUUUAUCGGGAUGUCGCCUAAAGGAAGAAACUUCUGAUCUCAAAUACUCCUCUUCACAUAUCCCCACGACUUACCAAACCCUAAAAGCAAACCAAUAAGCAUACCUCCACCGUCUCUUCCUCUCCCUCUCCUUCAUUUCCAAGCGGAUGAAACCCGAGAAGUCCAACAGUCGUGGCUUCCGCCUUCGCUCAAUCCUCAUCUCCUCGCUGUCGAGUACUGUGCUUGGCAUAAUCAUCUUCCGCCUGGCAACUGCUAACACACAAAAUGUUGUAUACGUGAAGCUGUUUGCCAUAGUAGGUGUUAUUCUCGCAACUGGUCCUUGGAUUAUACAGCUUCUCCUUUCAACAAUCACCAUGGUUUUAUACAAAGCAGGCAUUCAUGAUCUAACAUGGCUCCUCAUGCAUCCUUCUGAUGAGGCUGUUUAUUGUUGCCAAGAAGAUGAUUUGAAAAGAAUGGUUGAUGGGCAUGCAAGGAGAUAUAAUACCAAUAUUGGUUUUGGCACUGUUGUUCCAGUCAAUGCAAGGCGCGGUCCUCGGUUGCAGAGGAACAGAACCAUCUGAUCUGGAUGUUGGUUUUUCAGAAUCUCUUGUCCUCUGUAGGGUUUAGCUGUUCCUUCUUUCAAACUUCAUUUGAUGUUAAUUUGUAAAGCAGAUAGCUUUUAAUCUUAUAAGAAAGCAAAACUGCAACAUAUAUAGCAGAUUAAGAGCAAAGCAACAGUACAUUUUUUUAAUGGCGCAAACUUCAUUUUACUAACAUUUAAGGCCGACAAGGUACACAAACCAUGCUGGAACACAGCUUACAACUUUCAUCGUACUGUGCUCUCCAAAGAGCAACUCUUCUCAAAAGAAAAGGUGCUGAGUUGGAAUCCCAUUCUAACUAAGGAUUCUUGUGGUUCCGGAGGAUCCAGCUACAGGAGAACCCGGAACGGAGAACUUGCUCCCCUUUUCCGCCCCACUCUUUGGUCUUAAGAAUGCUGCUUUUAAGAAUUGUCAAAUGGUAAGAAUCUAUAUGAUCAUGUAUAUGUGAACAGAGUCCUAUGCAGUCAAAUUGUUUUUUAUCAGUAGGAAAAACAAGAUGCAGCUGACAACCAAAUUGGCAGUAGAUGGAGAACAAAAGAAAA